AUGGAGAGGUGUUUCUGCAAGGCAUGCUGGGAUAGCAGCAGGGAUGUCUCUGUGCCUCAGCCAGAGCAGGAGGACUCCGCCUCCGUGACUGAAGACGACCAACUUGGAGCAGCAAGAGACUCCACCACAGGACAGGAACACCUGCUAACCUGGAGCCUUCCUCCCCCAGGAGCCUUCCUCCCCCAGGAGCCUUCCUCCCCCAGGAGCCUCCUCCCCCGGGAGCCUUCCUCCCCGGGAGCCUUCCUCCCCGGGAGCCUCCCUCAGGAGCCUUCCUCCCCGGGAGCCUUCCUCCCCGGGAGCCUUCCUCCUCCAGGAGCCUUCCUCCCCCAGGAGCCUUCCUCCCCGGGAGCCUUCCUUCCUCCCCCAGGAGCCUUCCUCCCCCGGGAGCCUUUCUCCCCCGGGAGCCUUCCUCCCCCAGGAGCCUUCCUCCCCCAGGAGCCUUCCUCCCCCAGGAGCCUUCCUCCCCCAGGAGCCUCCUCCCCCGGAGCCUUCCUCCCCGGGAGCCUUCCUCCCCCAGGAGCCUUCCUCCCCAGGAGCCUUCCUCCUCCAGGAGCCUUCCUCCCCGGGAGCCUUCCUCCCCGGGAGCCUUCCUCCCCGGGAGCCUUCCUCCCCGGGAGCCUUCCUCCCCCAGGAGCCUUCCUCCCCCAGGAGCCUUCCUCCCCCAGGAGCCUUCCUCCCCCAGGAGCCUUCCUCCCCCAGGAGCCUUCCUCCCCCAGGAGCCUUCCUCCCCCAGGAGCCUUCCUCCCCCAGGAGCCUACCUUUUAG